AUGCACGCGGAGUGGCGCGCGCUGCGCGUCGCGACGAGGGCGUGGAGCGCGCUCGCGACGGUGAACCGCGUGCCGAACCGCGAGGCGAUGAUGAAAUUGGAAACCGCCGCGGACGAGGCGUUUCGGUAUAACGCGUCGUUGCGGUUUUUGCUGCGGUGGGAGGACGCCGCCAAAACGAUGAAACGCGCGCGGCGGGACGCCGCGGCGGCGGACGCCGCGUACGUGAAAACGCUCAUGAGACGGGCGUUAGUGUCCGGGUGGCAAAAGGCCACGUGGGACGCGCGGAUUCGGCGCAUCAAGACGAUGCGCGCGGAGGCGCACCACGUGAACCGCGUCCUCCGCGCGACGUCGCACGCGUGGCGAAUGGCGGCGAUGGCGACGACGAAGCGUCGCCGCGUCGCCGCCGCGCUCCACGCGGCGCGUAUUAAAACGCGCAGCGGCGAGGCGUUACGCGCGUGGAAAGUCACCAGCGUCUCUCGCCGAGCGCACCGAACGUUGCUCCUCGCGCGCGCGGUGGACGCGAGGGAGAGAGCGACGCGACGCGCGUGCGCGGCGGCGUGGCGCGCGCGCGCGUCGAGGGAAGCGAAAAAACGCGCCGCGUUGGAGGUGCGUUACGACGGCGCGCGCGCGCAUCGCCUGAUGCGCCUCCACGCCGCGUGCUUCCGCGCGUGGAAACUCUACGCCGACUACGCGCUCGACGUGAAGUGUAAAGGACGGAUGCUGACGGAGAUGCGAUGCACGAAGAUUACGCGCGCGGCGUUCAACGGGUGGCGCGUUUACGCGGAAAGCGAAGUCGACGCGCGCGCGUCCGCGGCGGAGAUGGCGAACGUCGCGGCCGCGUCCGAGCACUGGAAGCGCGUCGCGUCGUCCAACUGCGCGCGCGCGUGGCGCGUUCAAACCGUGGCGGCUAAGCGCGCGAGGGAGGAAGCGGAGGCGCGGCGCGCGAGCGUCCUGCGCUGCGAGACGCGUCGCGCGUUCAAACUGUGGCGACUCAACGCCGCGGAGGCGGCGACGCGCCGCGCCGCGUCGGACGCCGCGGUCGCGCAUCACGCCGCGCGUCUCGUGUCCACGUGGCUGUCCACGUGGCGCGAUAACGUCCGCGAGGUCCGCGAGGUCCGCGAGCGCGAAGAGACCGCGGAGGCGCACCACGCCGUGGCGGUCGCGGCGCGCGCGUUUCGCGGGUUUGAAGACGCGGCGCGGAGAGGUCGACGGAGACGGAUCGCCGCGCGGUGGUGGCAGGAUACCCACGCGCGCCGCGCGCUGCGUCGCUGGCGCGCGCGGACGGUCGCGAAACUCCGAGCCGAGGUCGAGGCGCGCAUCGCGACGCGGCACGCGUACGGGAAGCGAUCGCGCGGGGCGUGGGGGACGUGGAAGGCGUUUCUUUGGGAUCGGCGUGAAAAACGGUUGCGCGCGGACAUCGCGCUCGACCACUUCAGCCUGUGCCGACGCACCGUCGCGUUCGCGGCGUGGCGCGGCGCGUACAUGGACGACGUGCGGAUGUUCCGCGAGCGGGCGACCGUGUACCGCAAAACGGUCGAAUCGAGAGCGUUACGCGUCGCGCUGUACGAGUGGAGCGACGCGGCGUACGCGCGCGCGGUGUUUCGAGAGAUGGAAAUCCGCGCCGACGCGCACCGCGGCGCCGUGCUCCUCGCGCGCGCUUUGGACGCGUGGCGUCUUUUCAUUCGCGGAAAGCGCGAAAACAGGACACGCGUCGCGCGCAGAGUCGCCGUCGUCGCGUCCGCGCUGGCGACGCUGAAGCGCGACCGCGCGUGGUGCGCGUGGGCGGAGUGGACGCGGUCGGCGGCGGUGAAGACGAUUCGAAAAGCGCGCGCCGCCGAGCACUUUCGUAUGGCGACGACCCUCAGAGCGCUCGCCGCGUGGUGGGACCGCGUCCUUCGCAGACGCGACAAGGACGACGCGAUGGUCGUCGCGAACGACGCGCGCGAUCGGCGGUACGCGUACGGCGCGCUCGAGGGCUGGGUGAGAUACGUCGUUACGCGACGACGCAAGACGCGUAAUAUGGGCGCGGCGACGCGGCAUCGUUCGAAAGUUUUGGCAACGAACGCCGUCGCGGGAUGGCGCGAGUGGAAGCGCGCGCGAGAGGCGAAGCGCCUUCGGUUCUCCGACGCGCUGUCGAUGCACUCCGCGGACCUCCUCCGCGAGGGCGCCGCCGCGUGGUUGACCGAGGGGUUGCGUCGGCAGGAGGCGCGGCGGGAGGCGGCGACGGCGGCGGCGGCGGAGAGGGAGGCGGCGGCGUUGAGGCGCGUUCGUUUUCCUCGCACGGACUGGUCCCCAUACGAUCGCGUCGGCGUUAUUGUGAAUGCCGUAUCUUGA